AUGGCGGCGGCCUUGCGGAGCGCGUGCGGCGGGCUGAGCGCGCGCAGCUGCAGAAGUUUGAUUUUCAGAGUUCCUCCAACGAGCCAGCAGCGUUUCCUCAGCACAGGUCAGCGUUUCCUGCCCCGCCCCCGGCCCCUCCCCCUCCUGGUGGUGACAGGUGGGGGUUACCUCGGUUACCAGCACUACAGGAAGAGGAGCCAGCAGGAAGAUGGAGCCCCGCCUCCUGUGGCCACUCCCACACAGGUGGCGCUGUAUCGCUCCUUCCCAACGCGCCUCCUCUCUCGUACGUGGGGUCGACUGAACGAAGUGGAUCUUCCGACGUGGCUCCGAAAACCUUUUUACUCCCUUUACAUCUGGACCUUCGGAGUCAACAUGCAGGAAGCGGCCGUGGAGGAUUUACAUCAUUACCGAAAUCUGGGAGAAUUUUUCCGUCGUCGACUCAAACCGGCCGUGAGACCCGUCUGCUCCUCCUCCUGCCUGACGUCCCCGGCUGACGGACGGAUCCUUCACUUUGGUCUGGUGAAGAACUCGGAGGUGGAGCAGGUGAAGGGGGUCACCUACAGUCUGGAGAACUUCCUGGGUCCACAACAAGGACACAGCACUGACUCGGCGGAGUCCUUCAGAGACCGGCUGCUGUCGAGUCCUGAGAACCAGCUGUUCCACGUGGUGGUCUACCUGGCUCCAGGAGACUACCACUGCUUCCACUCUCCGGUGGACUGGAGGGUCCAGAACCGAAGACACUUCCCAGGGUCCCUGAUGUCGGUGAACCCGGGGGUGGCUCGGUGGAUCUCGGGACUCUUCGUGCUGAACGAGCGCGUCGCUCUGACCGGCCAAUGGGAGCACGGCUUCUUCUCGCUGACGGCGGUCGGAGCCACGAACGUCGGGUCCAUCAGAGUCUACUUCGACCAGGAGCUGCAGACGAACUCUCCUCGGUACAACAAAGGCUCUUUCCACGACCGCAGUUACGUUGCCGUGGGCGACCAGGUGAUGAAGGAGGCGGUCUCCUUGGAAACGGGGAACGUGGCCCCAGAGACGGGUGUGGCCUUAGAGAAGGGCGUGGCCUUAGAGAAGGGCGUGGUCUCAGAUGGGGGCGUGGUCUCAGAUGGGGGCGUGGCCUUAGAGAAGGGCGUGGUCUCAGGUGGGGGCGUGGUCUCAGAUGGGGGCGUGGCCUUAGAGAAGGGCGAGGCGCUGGGGGAGUUUAACCUCGGCUCCACCAUCGUUCUGCUGUUCGAGGCUCCGGAAGACUUCAGCUUCAGCCUGCAGCCCGGCCAGCGAAUCAGAGUGGGCGAGGCGCUCGGCAGCCUCUGA